GAAGGCCAAACCCCAAGGAACCCCUGCAUCCUAUACCUGUUGAACAACCAUUCGAUCGUGUAGAAAUUGAUUAUGUAGGACCACUUUCACGUAUUACAAAAGAAAAUCAGUAUAUCAUUGUAACAACUGAAUAUUUGAUUAAAUAG